AGUUUAUGUUGAAAUAUUAUUUUUACAUACAUGCUUAUGUAAAAUUACUGAAUACCACUUAGAAAUCUGGAAUUUAAAAAUGUAAAUAAAAAUUAUAAUUUGACAUAAGUUGAUUGCCGACGGAUAAAAUGGCGUCUGAUAAUGAAGCCUGUGUAAAUGAUCCAAAUUUUGCAGUUAUUUGCUCAUUUUUUAAUAAAUUUGGUAAAAUAUGUGGUGUCCAAUUGCCUAAAGUAAAAGACCUUCAGGCAAUGCUUGAACAGAGCCAAGAAGUUCAUCCAGCAUUGAUUGAUCUGCACGUUAAAUUAUUACGGAAAGCACGAAGAACUGUCCAUUUAGAUAAAUGGGAACGCGCCUUGGUUAAAUUUAUUCACACAUACUCUAAUCAAGAUGCCUGGAACUUAGAACAUUUGGGCUAUAAGAAACUAAAACUCCCGCAACGACUGUUUAUUCUUAAAAACUUAUUGGAAAUGCAAUUUGAUAAUGCAAAAUUCAAGAAUGCAUUGCUGCAAUCUUCGGCUGACGACUUAAGAUUAGAGCCUAUUGGAAAAGAUAAAAAAGGAAAUUCAUACUGGUAUCAAGUUGAUGAGGAUUGUAAUUUAAGAGUAUAUAAAGAGAAUUUAGAUGAAGAAUCAUGGACACUGGUUGCCCAAACCCGUGAGGAACUUGCUGAUCUUAUAUCAACAUUGGGUGGGUUGGAAAAAAAUGGUUCUAACACUACAAGCAAUGAAGAUAGUAAUAGUAUAGCUACAAUAAACAGUUUGCUCACAUCAAAAAAUAAUGAUGAUUCUAUAACAAAUGAUACUAUUAAAAUAGUUUCAGCUACAGAUAAAUCAAAAUCAAAAGAAACUGAAGAUUCUGAAGAGUUUUUGAGUCCAGAUGAUGAAGAUAAUUACUUUGAUGAUGAUAUUGUUAAUGAUAAUGCAAAAGAUGGUAUGGACGAUGAUAAAAAAGAGAAAAAGAUUAAUGGUAAUGGAGUAAAAAGCUGUGUGAAUAAUUCAUAUGAAAAUAAGGCACGUUCAAAAAAAAGAAAGUGUAAAAGUUUAAGUGAAGAGGAUCAUAGUGUAAACAAAAAAAUGAAAAAAGACGUUAGUGAUAUAAUCAAUGAUGAGCCGACUUCCUCAAACAAUUCAGAUGAGUCAGAAUAUGGUGCAGCUAUUGAAGAACCUGUUAUGAUUGUGACUGGUCAGGGAUCUGGAGUGGAUUGCGAUGCUGGCAAUCCUGGUGAAUCUGGAACUGCUGAAAAUUCAUUAUCUGACACAAAAGAGGUGAGAAAUGAUUCAACAACUCAAUCGGUUCAGGACAGCUCAACGGAUGUGGAAACUGCAUUGAAAUCUCCAGAUGAUGAGCAAAAUAGUGGUGAAUCAUUAAUAAUAAGUGAUACAAAUGUUAAAGAAAGAAAACCUUUGAUGUAUUUUGGACAGCCUGGUUGUUUGAAGUUGAAUCCAGUGAUGGUGAGGACAGCAGGACAUGCAAACUUUUUAAAUACAAAUUAUUCAAAAAUUCAAGACAAAGUGGAUGUGUGCAAUGCCAAUGAUAAUAAAGCCUUAACUACAAAUUGUUCAGACUUAGAUAAAAGUCAUUCUGGGCAGGAUAUUGCAGAUUCAGUUUCAUUAAGUAAUAAAAGUAAUGAAUAUGCAAUGGAUACCAAAGUCGGGGAUGAGGAAUCGAUUUUUCUUUCUAAAGGUAAUAAUAUAACCUUCAAUAAUGAUUCAUUGAAUGAAAAAUCUUUAAGUGAAAGUUUCAUCAACAAAUCUUUAAAUGAAACUACAUUUAGCACUUUACUUUAUGAAGUAACUAACUUGAGCAUAAUCACUCCAAAUGCCAGCAUUGCCAGCAUAGAAUCUUCAUUGAUCGAUGAUUCAAAAUCUGCAUUAAAUAAAUCAGAAAUUGUUUCUAGUAAUUCUACUGAUGAUAGAACUUCUACUGCAAGUAUUUCACCUAAAUUGAAAGAAUGUGAUAAUGAAGGUUAUUUAAAAAUUGAUAAUACAUCUGAAAAUAUACAAGAUCAACAAUCUAUUACUUUGAAAAGCAAUUUGGAAGAAGAUAUUUCUAAUCUAAAUGAAACAAAAAAAGAUUUUUUAUCUAUUAAAACAACAAUUGCUCAUGAUGAAAAACCUAAAGAUAAGGAACAUAAUAAGAGUAGUGCUUUUUUCGUAGAAGUUGAAGCCAAUGUAAUAAAUAUAAAUCUCAAUACUGGUCUUGAUACCCAAACAGAAUUGAUUAGUGUAGAAAAAGAAUCAUUAGAAAAAAAAUGUGAUAAAGACUCACCUCAAAAUGAUUUACUAAAAAAUAAAAAUAAUUUAAAUGAACAUGAUACUGUUCUUGAUUCAAUUUCAGAAAAAAAUAUUAAAUUAAGUUCUAAUAUAGAUUUGAUCAGUAAAUCUACUGAAGAUAUCAGUACGGUUAAAUGUGAUGAGUGUAAUAGUACAAACAAAAUUUUAAUAAAUGAAAAGGAAAAGAAAGAAAAAGCAGUUAAUGAAGAUUUUUUAGAAGUGGUUACAGAUACAGAUGUCAAGUCUGAGAAAAUUAAAGAAGAAUCGGAAAUGAUUGAAUUUAAAUCGACGGUAGAUACAGAAAAUGGUUUGUUGCUUUCAGAAACAAAUAUAAGUACUAAAGAACAUAAGGAUGUACAAAGAAUAUCUGAAAUACUCAGUCACACAACUGUCGAAAAUGUGGAUCAAGCUCAUUCAGUAAAUUUAAAUGUAAAUGAUUCUAAUGAAAUUGAUAAUAAUUUAAAUUCACAUGAAAUAUUACAAAAAGAACCCACUUCAUGUUUUAAUAAUGAAAUAGUUAAAACUACUGAACUUAAUCUACAGAAUGAAACUAAUCGAGUGGGACUGAUAAAUUGUGAAUUUAGUUCUGCUAAUACUAAAUAUAAUACUUUGAUAGGUGAUGAUAACAAAAUUCAAAAUAUAACAUCAUUUGGACACAAAGAAGCGAAUCAGGACGAACAUAUAGAACAAUCUGAUGUAUGUAUAGAAAAGAUAUAUGAAACAACACAAUAUAAGAAAGAAGAACAAAUUUUAGGUAAAGAGGUAACAAAAACAAGUGAAGAUCACAUUGAAGGAAUAUCUAAUGAAGAAAAUUUGAAAACUUCAAUGAUUUGUAGCGAUAAUAAGAACAUUAAAUUUGUAUCUGAUGCAAGUAUCAGUGAAAUUGAUAAAUCUAAGGAGGUAUGCACUAAUACCUUAAAAGAAACUGCUGAAAAGGAACCGACAAAUAAAAAGCCUGUGGAGUUUAUUGCGGGUGUAAUGGAGGAUUCUCAAAACAAUCUUUUAAAAAAAGAAAAUAUCAAAAAUAUUAUUUGUGCAACUAUGAAAUCAGAAAUUAAAAAUGUGACUGAUGGAUGUAAUACUAAGAUAAUAUCAAAAUGCAAUAAAAAUUUUAAUAGUUCUGAGGAACUUGUUAAAAGUAGAGAUCCUGAAGGCGAAAAAAUCAAAAUUAUUUUAGACAAAGAUUCUAGUGUAGAAAAUAAGUCUUCAGAGAAAGGUAAUGGGAAUCAUGAAUGUAAGGAAACUGAUUUAAUUUUAGAAAAAUCAGAACAAUUAACAAAUACAUUGAUUGCAAAUAAAGAUUCAAUGGAAAUCGAAAGUGAUGCUUUAAAACAAAAUAAUUGUUUAUCUAAUACUAUAACAAAGAAUCAGGAAAAUGAUUCCAACAAAUUUUUUUUAAAUCAAAACAAACAGAAAAUAUUCCAAUUGAUUCCUCUAAAUUGCAAAUAA